CUCUUCAGCAAUGAUCCCGUGCGCUCGCACCGUCCUGGUCCUGGCGGCCGUCUGUGGUGUGUUCGCCGAAAAUUCGACCGAAAAUGUGGAACAAGAGGAAUCGCCGGUGUUAUUCGACAUGGAAGCCAAUUUGCGUGCUGUAAUCGACCGUGUGUUCAAGGAAGCCCUGCCGUUGAUGUCGCAGUUUUCCGCUAUCACCGAUGUGUCUCCGGAUUGUACGACGGCGUUGCUUAAAUGGGUGUUGGCCAUUCGGAGACUCGAUCCCUGGGCCCUGAGAAUGCUGGACGCGAUGGGACGUCCUCCGGCGGGUAUUUUCGAAGGCACCAUCACCGACUUCGGAGCAUUUGACCAGUGUCUGGAAGUGCGUGCUCAGAACGGAUGGGGAGACGACGUGUUCAGGGGCCAGUACUGUUCACUGUUUCUUAAGCCUAACAUCGACACCAGCAGACCCGUGGCUUUCCUCAAGACCAGCAAACGUAACCUGACAAGGAUCAUGAAGUCCAUCUGGUUCCCAGGCUUCCGAUUGGGCAUCUGUGUCCCGUCAGUCUGCUCCAGAAAUGACAUCGAUGCUCUCGUCAAGUCGGUUCUUGGAACCUACGGCGUUAAUGCGUCUGUUCCCCUGUGUGAUGUUCAGACCGACUUGGAGUUGGACCGCAUUCAAACUGCCGCCUUUGGCUUGGUGUGCGUUGCGCUUGCGCUCGUAGCCCUCGGAACUAUUGCAGAUGUCAUCAUGCGCAUCAGACGGCGCCAAGCAAAGAAAACACACGCCCUAUUGGAAGCUGUUGCAUCGUGGUCUGUGUACGGCAACACGAUGAGGCUGCUGGAUGUGCGCGAUGACGGUUCCCGUCUUCGAGCCCUGCAUGGCGUCCGUUUCUUAACCAUGAUGUGGAUCAUCCUCGGAUAUUCGUACGCACUGACGCCAAUCCCAAACAGACGUCGCAUCUUCAACAUGUUUGACUUCGUGAAGCACACACCUUUCAUGUUCAUUGCCAAUGCCUAUCCAGCAGCAGACACUUUCUUUUGCCUCAGCGGUUUCACCUUUGGCUACAGCCUUUUGAAGCAAAGACGAAGGUUGGUCCAGCUUCUACCACUGCUUCUCUUCCGAAGAUAUAUGAGGGUUAUCAUUCCCGGCCUGUGCUUGCUGCUGGUGUUCUCUCUGUUGGGAGUGAUUAGCUCCGGACCGAUCUGGAGGGACAACUACGCCUUGCUGCGCAACAACUGCGUCACACGGUGGUGGAAAAUUCCUGCCUUGCUCACGAACUGGGAACACAGCCUGGACUCCUGUCUCCCGCAUCUAUGGUUCUUCGCCGCUGAUCUGCAGCUUCUGUUCGUCUUCUCGCUGACGCUGGUCCUUCUAGUCAGGUGUCCGAAGGCGGGUGUCCUGGUUGCCGUUUCCCUCGUGACCGCUGCCACCGUCUACGUCGGCCUCCAGACUUACUACCAUGGACUUCUGCCAGUCACUAUCUACUUUGCGGAGGACGUGUUGAAAUCUCGGCAAACUCACACCGAAGUGUUCAAACGGCCGUUCGCCCACGCUGGAGCCUUCGCAGCCGGUCUUCUCCUCUCCUAUUUUAUGAUGCGUCCAAAGGGUUCUCCCGUCAAGAACGUGUCCGUCUACUUCCACGUUGCCGGUUGGACGGGUGCCGCAGCCUGCGCCCUUGCGGUCAUCUUCGGCGUGGAACAGUGGCACAAGGGGCUCCUACCCGGACCUGUCGUUUCAGCCAUCUAUUCAGCCCUGCAUAAGACGGCUUGGGGUCUAUGCGUCGCUUGGGUCAUAUUUGUCUGUGUCACAAACAGGAACGGUGUGCUUUCCAGGUUCCUGUCCUGGGGUCCAUUCGUGGCGCUCAGUAGGCUGUCCUUCAGUGCAUACCUGUUACAUAUCCUCGUCAUUUUCAUCCGAUUUGGCAGCAUCAGAGAACGACUGUACAGCAGUCAUUUCAUACAGAUUUGUGAAUUCAUCGUCAUCACGGUGCUGUCCUUCAGCGGUGCCUAUGUUUUCCAUCUCCUCUUUGAAGCUCCCAGUAGUCAAUUACUCAGCAUGGCCACAUCAGCCAUUGCUGCCAAGAUCCCAAAAGAGGAAGCACUCCCAACGAAAUGUCCCAAUGGAGAGUGCAACCAGCCGUGCCAAGUCAAAAAGGAUACCAAUGUCCUGACAAGUCAAAGAUCAACUCAUCUGUGAAGUACAAAUCACACCAUCCCAUACUGUACAUAAUCCCAUACUAGUCACAUUCAGUGUCAUUCAUACGUCAAAGUUAUUUAUCCCAAAACGUUAUGUCGAGUGUCACAUUUCAUCACGUAUUAGAAUAAACAACAACUCAUGCUCAG